AUGAUCGAAUCGAGCAGUGCUGAUGUAGCCGCCGCCAAUACUCCGCCGCAAUCAAUCACACAGGAAGUCUCAAAAGAGGACGACGAUGCCGCCCGUCCUGAGGCCACGUUCCGUUUCAAGAUCCACGACAUCAGUCAACUGAAGGAACAGGUCCUAUCACCACCAUGCUACGUGCGCUGCCUACCCUGGAAAAUUCUCGUGCUCAUCCGCCAAACUACGACCCCAGAUCGCCAACAACAGAAGGCUCUUGGAGUCUUCAUACAGUGCAAUGGCGACUCUGAUACUCCAGGCUGGUCGUGCUACGGACUUGGGGAACUAAAGCUCCUGUCCCAUAAGUCUGACAGAGAACACAUGUGCAGGAAACUUCACCACAUGUAUCACGGCAAAGAAGACGACUGGGGGUUCGCGCACUUCAUUUCGUUCAAAGACUUGAUGAACGAAGAGAACGGUUUCGUGAAGGACGAUACCAUCACAAUCGAAGCUCAUAUCUUAGCAGAAGCACCGCACGGUGUCUCCUGGGACUCCAAAAAACAUACAGGAUACGUCGGUCUCAAAAACCAAGGUGCGACGUGUUACAUGAACUCCCUCCUCCAAACAUUGUUCUUUACCAACGUUCUCCGCAAAGCCGUUUACAAAAUCCCAACUGUGGGUGAUGAUAGUUCCCGUUCCGUCGCCUUCGCCCUGCAACGUGUGUUCUACGAUCUUCAAUUCUCAGACAAGCCUGUUGCCACCAAGAAAUUGACCAAAAGCUUCGGUUGGGAGACCAUGGAUUCUUUUAUGCAGCAUGAUGUCCAGGAGUUUCUAAGGGUAUUACUAGACAAACUUGAGAGUAAAAUGAAGGGCACGGUAGUAGAAGGAACAGUACCCAAGUUAUUCGAAGGGAAGAUGACGUCUUUCAUUAAAUGCAAGAACGUCAAUUGCACCAGCACCCGCGCCGAAACCUACUACGACAUCCAGCUCAGUGUUAAAGGGAAGAAUAACAUCUACGAGUCCUUCAAGGACUACAUCAGCACCGAGUUACUGGAUGGCGACAACAAGUACGACGCAGGUGAACAUGGACUGCAAGAGGCAGAGAAGGGCGUCCGCUUUGACAUGUUCCCGCCUGUCCUCCAUCUACACCUAAUGCGCUUCCAGUAUGACCCUCAAAGUGAUGCCUCCAUCAAAUUCAACGACAGAUUCGAAUUUUACGAAGAAAUCAACCUGGACCCGUACUUACAAGAGAUCCCGCAGACACCAGCACACUACACGCUGCACGCGGUACUGGUGCACUCGGGAGACAACCAUGGCGGACAUUACGUCGUCUUCAUCAACCCCAAGGGUGACGGCAAGUGGUGCAAGUUCGACGAUGACGUGGUGUCGCGCUGCAGCAAGCAAGAAGCCAUCGAGUACAAUUUCGGGGGUAAGGAGGACGCACCGCACCUCGCGCGCCGCGCCACCAGCGCCUACAUGCUCAUCUACAUACAAACGUCACAGCUAAAGUAUGUCCUGCAAGAUGUUGUAGAGAAUGACAUCCCUUCCGACUUGUGCGAGCGAAUCCGCGAAGAAAUGCGAUACGAGAUGGUAAGAACAUGCGGCAGAAAAAUAAGAUGCAGAAAAAAUAAAUCUAACACGUCAGUCAACUCCGCAAAGUACUACGCGAAGAUUUUCAACGCACUAAAACAGUUCUUCACUUUGCAGGCCCUAGCCGGCUCUAAAUAUAAAGGAAGAUAG